AAGACCAUAUAAAGAACCCUAUCUUUCCUUGUUAGCUUCUAUUUUCCUUUCAAAUUCCAGCUUUUCAUGGCUACUCUCUCUGAAGCCUACACAGAGACACCUCUCCAUCUUCAGCACAUCAUCCCCAUAGACUUUGAUUCUGUUGAAGAAGUGCCGCAAUCGCAUUCAUGGCCUCAAUCGGACGAUGAGUCUCCAAGGAGGAUGUUCAAUUUAGAUGGCGAUCACUUCUCAAUUCCAGCCAUCGAUCUUGAUAGCCCGGAUGCGAUCGAAAUGGCGGGUCAUGCCUGCAAAAUUAUGGGCAUAUUCCAGGUCACUAACCACGGAAUCCCUUCAAGUCUUCUGAGGGAGAUUGAGUCGCAAGCCUGGCGGUUUUUCACGCUCCCCGCGAGAGCCAAGGUAAAGGCCCUCAGGUCCCCCAGUGGAGCUACAGGCUAUGGCGUCGCUCGGAUCGCACCGUUCUUCAACAAGUUCAUGUGGCAUGAAGGGUUUACCAUGAUGGGAUCGCCAUUGGAGCAUGCUAGGGAGGUUUGGCCUCAUGGGUAUCGCAAGUUUUGUGAAGUAAUGGAAGACUAUCAGGACAAAAUGAAGGCGCUCUCAGAGAGACUACUCGCCAUGAUCCUGAAGUACCUCGGCAUAUCUGAGCACGAUGUCGACUGGCCGCGGCUCCGGAGCAACGCCUGCACUGCGCUGCAGCUGAACUCGUACCCACGGUGUCCCGAUCCAGGCCAGGCCAUGGGACUCGCGCCGCACACCGAUACCUUGCUCUUGACAAUUCUUCACCAAAACCACAGCGCACAUGGGCUCCAAGUCCACAGGGAAGGCCGAGGCUGGGUUCCCGUGUUUCCCAUGAACGGUGCACUUGUGGUGAACGUGGGUGACAUGCUCCACAUCAUGUCCAAUGCCAUGUUCCCUAGUGUCGUUCACCGGGUGAUCCCAAGUGAGAAUACGCACCGGCUAACCGUCGGUUACUUUUACGGACCCCCGACGGAUUUUCACGUCGGCCCUAUUCAUGGACUCACACAGACCUCAGGCCAAGAGGACGCUGCUCGGUUCCGGUCCAUCACGGUGAAGGAUUACGUUCAGAUGAAGGCCAAGAAUCUUGACAAGGCACUCUCUAUGAUUAGGAUUAGAUGAUAAAGAAUCAACUAUUGUCUUUGUUCUUUUUUGCCCCUCCUGUCGUGUUCUCUGUAAAGUAUGAUCUUUGUUAUUAGUUUCUAGUCAGGCGUAUGACGCGUGAUUAUUCCAUAAAUAAUGUAAACACGCUCGCGUCUCGAUAGAUAGCCGCUCGUGAAAAAGACAAAGCUCCACAUUUGUGCAUA